UCUGGUUAUAGAGUUGGGGGCGGAGUAGCCGAGAGUGGCCGGGAAAUGAUGGCUGAUGAGGAGGAAGACGUGAAACAGAUCUUGCAGAAAUUGCAGGAACUGGUGGAUCAACUCUAUUCAUUUCGAGAGUGCUAUUUCGAGACACAUAGUGUUGAGGAUGCUGGGAGGAAGCAGCAGGAUGUGCGGGAGGAGAUGGAGAAGACCCUGCAGCAGAUGAAGGAAGUUGUGGGCUCUGCCCAGGGCAAGGCACAGGUUCUGAUGCUAACUGGGAAAGCACUGAAUGUGACUCCUGACUAUAGCCCUAAGGCUGAGGAGCUUUUGUCAAAGGCUGUGAAGCUGGAGCCCAACCUGGUGGAAGCCUGGAACCAGUUGGGGGAGGUUUACUGGAAGAAAGGGGAUGUUGCAGCUGCCCACACCUGCUUCUCAGGAGCCCUCAUCCAUUGCAAGAACAAAGUCUCCCUUCAAAACCUGUCAAUGGUGCUUCGCCAGCUGCGGACUGACUCUGAAGAUGAGCAUUCUCGCCAUGUCAUGGACAGUGUCCGACAGGCUAAAUUGGCCGUGCAGAUGGAUGUCCAUGAUGGCCGCUCCUGGUAUAUUCUGGGGAAUGCAUACCUUUCUCUUUAUUUCAAUACUGGCCAGAACCCUAAGAUCUCCCAGCAAGCCCUCGGUGCCUAUGCCCAAGCAGAGAAGGUUGACAGGACAGCUUCCAGCAAUCCUGAUCUCCAUCUGAACAGGGCAACGUUACAUAAAUAUGAAGAGAAUUAUGGAGAGGCCUUGGAGGGCUUCUCUCGGGCUGCAGCACUGGACCCUGCCUGGCCAGAGCCCCGACAACGAGAGCAACAACUCCUGGAAUUCCUGAAUAGAUUAACCAGCCUCCUAGAGAGCAAGGGAAAGGUGAAGGCCAAAAAGUUGCAGAGCAUGCUGGGAAGCUUGCGCCCAGCCCAUCUAGGCCCUUGUGGUGAUGGGCGCUAUCAGUCAGCCUCUGGGCAGAAGGUGACCCUGGAGCUCAAGCCGCUGAGUGUACUACAGCCUGGUGUGAACAGUGGUGCUGUGGUCCUGGGAAAGGUGGUGUUCAGCCUCACCACAGAGGAGAAAGUCCCCUUUACGUUUGGCCUGGUGGAUUCAGAUGGACCGUGCUAUGCAGUGAUGGUGUACAACAUGGUGCAGAGUUGGGGAGUGCUCAUCGGAGACUCUGUAGCCAUCCCUGAGCCCAGCCUUCGUCAUCACCAAGUCCAGCACAAGGGAAAGGACUAUUCCUUUUCCAGUGUUCGUGUGGAGACACCCCUCCUGCUCGUGGUGAAUGGGAAGCCGCAGGGCUCCAGUAGCCAGGCUGCUGCUACAGUGGCAUCACGGCCACAGUGUGAAUGAGCUCACUUACCCUGCCUGCUAAAGAGGGAGUAGAGGCACAGAGACCGCUCAAGGGCACUCGUCAGCUGGACCAGCCCCCGUGACUCAGCUGGAAUGGGGGGAUGUUUUAGAUGACGGCCUGUUUUUCCUCUGCCCUGUAAGACGCUGUGUGUCUUUUCUUUCUCUCCUGUUACCAUGUUCUAGCUCUUUCUGGGGCCACACAUUCCCCUGGUAUAUCUCUCCUGCCUCUUUCAUUGCUCUGCUGUGUUUUAGGCAAAGGGCAUGGAAUUGGUAGAAGUGCUGGGAUCUUGCCAUGGGACAGAGUCCCCAAGGUUCCUGUUCUUGCCUCCUUCCUGAGCCUCGUGUGUAUAUAUUAUUUCAGUAUUUAUUGCUAAGGGAGGGGGCUUAAAUUUAUAAUGGCUUGGAUUUUGAGCAAUUUUUAUUUUAUUUUUAUUUUUAAAAUUUAGGUUUAUCCCCUUCUUUGGGGCUGGAACAGAAUUAAAUUUGUUUGGAAAAAAAA